GUCAUGAUACAAUCUGGUGCCGGUACAAUCGCAUAUGUUGCAAAGAUCUUUUCCUUUCUCUUUUGAAAUACCUUAUAUCCAGUUUUUGUAAAGCUCGCUGCUUUGAUAUAAACUUCCGUAUUUAAUUUCGAAAGUAAAAGUGGAGAAAUAGAAAUAAAGAAGUGGGAAAGAAUAGAUCAGUAUGACUGCAAUGAUGAGUGCUAAGCAAAUUCGCCAAGCUUAUAUUGAUUUUUUUAAAAGUAAGAAUCACAAAUACGUUCAUUCCAGUUCUACAAUACCACACGAUGAUCCUACAUUAUUAUUUACAAAUGCUGGAAUGAACCAGUUUAAACCAAUAUUUCUGGGAACAGUGGAUCCUAAUAGCGAUAUGGCAAAGCUAAUGAGAGCUGUUAACAGUCAAAAAUGUAUUAGAGCUGGAGGAAAACAUAAUGAUCUAGAUGAUGUUGGAAAAGAUGUCUACCAUCAUACAUUUUUUGAAAUGAUGGGUAACUGGUCUUUUGGAGAUUAUUUUAAAAAAGAGAUUUGUACUUGGGCUUGGGAAUUUCUAACUGUUAAGUUAAAGUUAUCAGCAGAUCGACUGUAUGUAACUUAUUUUGGAGGCGAUGAAAAAAAUAAUUUAAAAUCUGAUGAAGAAUGCAAACAAAUCUGGCUUUCUUUAGGUGUAUCUCCUAGUCAUGUAUUACCAGGAAAUAUGAAAGAUAAUUUCUGGGAAAUGGGAGAAACAGGCCCAUGUGGACCUUGUAGUGAAAUCCAUUAUGAUCGUAUUGGCAAUAGGGAAGCAGCUGAUUUAGUAAAUCAAGAUGAUCCAGAUGUUUUGGAGAUUUGGAAUCUUGUAUUUAUACAAUUUAAUAGAGAAACUGAUGGAAGUUUGAAACCAUUACCAAAAAAACACAUUGAUUGUGGUCUAGGUUUAGAAAGAUUAGUGUCAGUUAUGCAAAAUAAAAAAGCAAAUUAUGAUACAGAUUUAUUUGUACCACUUUUUGAUGCAAUACAAGAAGGUACAGGAGCACCACCUUAUCGGGGAAGGGUAGGCAUGGAAGAUGAAGAUGGAAUAGAUAUGGCAUAUAGAGUUUUGGCUGAUCAUGCAAGAACUAUUACAAUUGCUCUUGCAGAUGGAGGUGUACCUGAUAAUACUGGUAGAGGAUAUGUGUUAAGAAGAAUUUUGAGGCGUGCUGUACGUUAUGCAACUGAAAAAUUGAAUGCUAAACCUGGUUUUUUUGGGUCAUUGGUGAACGUUGUGGUAGAUAUUCUUGGUGACGUCUUUCCAGAAGUGAGAAAAGACCCACAGUAUAUAAUUGAUGUCAUUAAUGAAGAAGAAAUUCAAUUUCUCAAGACUUUAUCGCGUGGUCGUAAUUUAUUAAAUCGUACUAUAGCAAAAUUAGAAUCAUCAAAUGUUCUCCCAGGUGAUGUUGCAUGGCGUCUAUACGACACAUAUGGUUUUCCGGUUGAUUUAACACAACUUAUGGCUGAAGAGAAAGGUUUAAAAGUAGAUAUAAUCGGCUACGAAGAAGCAAAAAAGCAAGCUCAGCUUAUUUCCCAAAGUAGAAGUGGUGGAGUAGAUGAUCAAAUUAAUUUGGAUGUUCAUGCAAUUACUGAAUUACAAAAUAAAGGAAUUAAACCAACAAACGACUUGCCGAAAUAUAAUUACAACGUUGUAAAUAAUAAAUUAUACGAAGAAUAUGAAUUUGUUCCAUGUAUUGGUACUGUUAUUGCUGUUAGACGUGCAAAGACUUUCGUCGAUGAAGUAUCGUCAGGAGAAGAAGUUGGGAUUUUGUUAGAUCAAACUAACUUCUAUGCAGAGCAGGGUGGACAAAUAUACGAUGAAGGAUUUUUAGUGAAGAUCGAUGAUGACGAUACCGAAGUUCGUAUAAAAAAUGUUCAAGUAAGAGGUGGUUACGUUUUACACAUUGGAACUGUAGGUCAAGGAAAAUUGAAAAAAGGCGAUAAAGUUUUCUUGAACAUAGAUACUACACGAAGGAGACUUAUAAUGAGCAACCACACUGCAACUCAUGCUCUUAAUCAUGCUCUUCGCAAAGUGUUAGGCACAGAAGUUGAUCAGAAGGGUUCUUUAGUUGCACCUGACCGUCUUCGUUUUGAUUUUACAAAUAAAGGAGCAAUGACUGCAGAACAAGUAAGAAAGGUAGAGGAAAUUACAAGUAAUAUGAUAAAAGGAAAUAAGAAGAUUUAUGCUAAAGAAAGUAAUUUAGCACUAGCAAAAACUAUUCAAGGAUUACGUGCUAUGUUUGAAGAAACAUAUCCUGAUCCUGUAAGAGUUGUUAGUAUAGGUAUACCAGUUGAGGACUUAGAAAAAGAUCCUUUAAGUAGUGCUGCAUUACAAACUAGCGUAGAAUUUUGUGGUGGAACGCAUUUACAUUGUACAGAACAUAUUGGAGAUUUUGUUAUAGCCAGUGAAGAGGCUAUUGCUAAAGGUAUUAGGCGUAUAGUAGCUCUAACAGGCCCUGAAGCAACAAAAGCUCAGAAGAAAGCAUCUAUAUUACAAAAUCAUUUAGACCAACUCCAAGCAACUAUAGUAGCUGAUAAAGGUGGUGUAAAUAUAAAAGAACACAUAAAAGAAAUAGUUGAAUUAACAGAUGACGUUUCACAUGCUACUAUUUCAAGUUGGAGAAAGGAUAAAAUGCGCAAAAUGUUAAAAGAUUUAAGAAAGGCACUCGACGAUAAAGAGCGUGUAGCUAAAAUCGCAAUAGUCAAUGCAGUAGUAGAUACCAUUCAAGAAAUAAUUCAACAAAAUGUUGGAUGUUUAGUAUUAGUUGAAGUAUUGCAAGCAUAUAGUAAUACAAAAGCUUUAGAUUCAGCCCUAAAAAAAAUAAAAGCUAUAUCUCCAGAGACAAGUGCAUUACUUAUAAGUGUCGAUCCUGAUGCUAAAAAAAUUUUUGCUCUUAGCGCAGUAUCUAAGUCUGCUGUAAAUAAAGGAUUAAAAGCAAAUGAAUGGAUUCAAGAAAUUGCUUCACUCAUGGAAGGAAAAGGUGGUGGAAAAUCUGAAUCUGCUCAGGCUUCGGGUACGAAUAUAUCAUGCGUAACUAAGUUGGUACACACUGCUAAAAAUUUUGCUAACUCAAAGCUUGGAAUAGUAGAAGAUAUUGUAAAUGAAAAUCAUGAUCAAUUGAAAAGUAGCGAAAAAUCUGUAUGUUCUAAAACUUUAAAAAAGAAAUUGGUACUUUCCAAUGAUAUCGGAAGUAUUAAAUAUUAUCGUACUCAAAUAGUCGCUAAAUAUAGCGAUAUAGAACUAACUACAUCACAACAUAGAAAUGAUGACACAUCCAAAUGUAUUAAGCUAGAAGGAAAUGGUGUUGUGUUGUCUGAUAGCAAUGCGAUUGCGUUUUAUUUAUCCAGUGAUCAAUUAAGAUGUUCGAGCAAUGUUUUUACAUUCAGUGAAGUUUUACAAUGGUUAAGUUAUGCAGAUAAUCAUAUUUUGCCAGCAGUACUUGGAUGGAUUGUGCCAUGUCUUUCAAAAAAUGUUCCAAAUAAUGUGAAGACAAAUAUUAAAACAUCUAAAGAAGAUGUUCUAUCUUCUUUGAAGAAACUAAAUAAUAUACUAUUGACAAAAACUUAUUUAGUGGGAGAACGAAUUAGUCUUGCAGAUAUUAUUGUUUUCACUGCUUUAAUGCCGUUGUACGAACAUGUAUUAGAUCCGGCAUCUAGAAAGCAGUAUACAAAUCUAAAUAGAUGGUUUUUCACUAUCUUAAAUCAGUCGGAAGUAGCUAGUAUAAUAAAAAACUUUAAAAUUUGUGAAAAAUCUGUUAAUUGAUAUUAAAUAUUGUUUUUGAAACAAAUGGUUUUUAUAAAUGAUUUUUAUUAACAAAUUAUUAUAAAUAUAUAAUGUAAUUAAUCAAAA